AUGUAUAAAUGCAUGGAUGUUAAUCGUUUUCAUUUCAUUGAAGGUGAUACUGAUUCAUCUUAUUGGGCAAUCGCUGGCGACCCAAAUCUUCCUAACACUCAAGCAUUUCAAGCAAUUGUUACCGAUAAACAAUUUUAUGAUAAAAACAUUUUCAAAUUCGCACCAUUUGAUUUCUUCUGUUUUGAUGAGAAAUUUAAACCUAAAUUAAAGAAUAAAGCUGAAGAAAAAGCACAUGAGAAGAAGUUAUUGGGUUUAGCAAUUGAGAAACAAGGUGAUAACAUGGUUGCUUUAUGUCCUAAAUGUUAUACAUCAUUCAACGGUUCAAUUGAUGGAAGUGAUUUUAAAAAGAUUGCACAAAAAAUGAAAGGUGUUAGUUUACGACAAAAUAAGCAAUUAACACCUAAAAAAUAUUUGGAUAUAAUAAAUGAUAAAGUGAUAUUUGAUGGUCAGAAUAUUAAUUUACAACUUAAAAACGGGUCAAUGACUCGCUUAACAAUCGGUAAGACUGCAUUAACAGGAGCACACACUAAGGCUGUAUGUUGUGAAAAUGGAUGUUGUAUGCCAUUUAUUUAA